AUGAUAUGGGACUACUAUAACGGAAAAACUAUAUUCGUUACCGGGGGUACAGGCUUUAUUGGAACUGCCCUUCUUUGUCGGCUUUUGAGUCAGUCAUCACCGAGACGAGUAUAUGUGCUAUGUCGGGGUGGCUCCGAUAAAGCGAAAGCAAAAUGGUCCAUGAUACUUCCUCCCUCUGCCGCAAAUAUCCUCACCGAAAACGAGCGGUUGACUAUUCUUGACGGCGAACUGGGAAAUACUGCGACAAUGAGUUUAUCGGAAGAAACAAUACAAAUGCUGAAACGGACAGUACACAUCGUAUUCCACGCUGCAUCAUCAGUCCAACUACAUAGUUCCCUGCGAGAAUUAGCAUAUACGGUGCUGGCACCAAGCAUAUGUCUCACUCAAUAUGCCCUCAAAUUCCCCAACCUCGAGCGCUACGUAUUUUUCUCCACCGCAUACGCCAACGCCCACCUAUGGAAGACCCAUGAAUCAAGUGACGUGUCAGUCGACGAGAGGAUAUAUCCCCUCGGCAGGGAAGAGGAAGAUUAUUAUAAAAUCGCACUUGAGGCAUGGAGCGCAGUACAGAAAGCCGGUUCGUCGGACGAAUACGACGCCCAUGAUUUCCCAUGGCCAUAUGCAUACGCAAAACAUCUAGCCGAAAGACUAGUCUUGCAGAAGGCAGUUGAGCGUAACAGAAUGGAUAAAGUCUUGAUCAUCAGACCCUCCGUCCUCGGACCAGCCGAUAAAUUCCCAUAUCCCGGUUUCGCGACCUCAGACGGAGCCCCUUCGACAGCAUGUGCAGCGGCAUAUAUCUUACAUUCAGGUCGUCGAAUUAAGCUCUCAACGCGAUGCGAAAACCCAGAUCAAGAAUCUACGAUCGAUGAGGUCCCGGUUGAUGUAGUGGUGGAUCGAACAUUGGUCCAUGUGGCCCUGGGGACGAGUGGGUGCGUCCAUGCAGUUAGUGGGGAGCAGGGCCGGUUGUCGACCGAGGAAUGGUGGCGAGCAUGCAAGAAGGAGAGACGGCUGCCCUGGAAUGCGAAACCCUCUUGGUCUGACGAGGGCUGGCAUUCUCCUCAUCUUCACCCAAUGGCUCGGCGGUUCAAGAUUGUUGGGACGUCUUUUGCAUUCUCUCAGGAACGAACGAUUAAGGCCGUAGAGAAGCUAGGAGCCGGAGAAAGAGAAAGUCUGCGAUUGUUUGCUGAUCGCUCAAAGCCUUACUCUCUGCUUCUGAGACGGCACCAUAUCUAUCAGCAGGCUGUGCAGGUGGCUAAGAUGAAGAAGUGGCCUAUGUGGUCUGUUAGACUGCUUUGUCGGAAGGGAAAGCCGGUAGCGUACCUAGCUGAGAAUGUAAAAACUUGA